AUGAAUCUCCAACUCAAGAGUGAGUGACAGACUUCUGAGUCGAAACGUGGAGUGAAGAGUAGACAAUGUGGCGCCGGAGCUUUAGCACGACGCCUGGUCAAUUGACUAAGAAGAAAUGGGACGCGUUAGUGAUCGGCGGCGGCCACAACGGUUUGGUAGCUGCAGCUUACCUAGCGCGCGGCGGUCUCUCCGUCGCAGUUCUCGAGCGACGCCACGUCAUCGGCGGGGCGGCAGUGACGGAGGAGAUCGUCCCCGGCUUCAAAUUCUCGCGUUGCAGUUACGUCCAGGGGCUAAUCCGUCCAUGCAUCAUCAGUGAUUUGGAGUUAGGCAGACACGGGCUGAAGCUUCUGAAGAGGAGUCCUGCGUCGUUUACGCCUUGUUUGGAUGGGCGUUAUCUUCUUCUAGGCCCAGAUCAGGCGCUUAAUCACUCUGAGAUUUCCAAGUUCUCGAGAAGUGAUGCUGAAGCUUACCCAAGAUACGAGAAGCAGCUAGAGAGGUUUGGUAGAUUCAUGGAUACUCUCUUGGAUGCAGCUCCUCCAGAGUCUCUGCAAGGUGACUCUUCUUUUAAUGAUAAGCUGAGCAAUAAGUUGCACAAAUCUGCUUUCUGGGCUCGGUGUCUUCGGCAAGCAGCUUCUUUGGGGCAAAAGGAUAUGGUGGACUUCAUGGAUCUUCUGUUGGCCCCAGCUUCAAAAGUAUUGAACAACUGGUUUGAGUCUGAUGUCCUGAAGGCGACUCUUGCAACCGAUGCUGUGAUUGGGUCUACGGCCAGUGUUCACACUCCUGGAAGUGGAUAUGUCUUGCUACAUCAUGUGAUGGGAGAAUCAGAUGGAGAGCAUGGCAUUUGGUCUUACGUCGAAGGUGGGAUGGGCUCUGUCUCCAUGGCUAUAGCCAAUGCUGCAAAGGAAGCUGGCGCUCAAAUUUUCACAAACGCAGAGGUUUCUGAAGUAUUGACUGAGGAUUCUAGCAGCGUGAAAGGGGUUUUGCUUGCUGAUGGUACACGGGUGGAAUCAUCGGUUAUAUUGUCCAAUGCAACCCCUUACAGAACUUUUGUGGAGCUGGUUCCGUCCAAUGUUCUUCCUGAAAAGUUCGUCAGUGCUAUAAAGAACUCAGAUUACAGCUCAGCAACUACCAAAAUAAACAUGGCUGUUGACAAGUUACCACAGUUCCAAUGCUGUAACACUAAUCAUUCGGGACCAGGACCAGAGCAUUUCGGCACUAUACACAUUGGUGCAGAGACCAUGGACGAGGUUCACAUAGCAUGUCAUGAUGCUGAAAACGGCUUACCAUCAAGAAGACCAGUGAUCGAAAUGACUAUUCCAUCCACACUAGACAAUACCAUAUCUCCUCCAGGGAAACAUGUAAUCAACUUGUUCAUCCAAUACACUCCUUACAAGCCAUCAGAUGGAACCUGGGAAGAUCCUGUGUAUCGAGAAGCAUUUGCACAAAGAUGUUUCAAAUUGAUUGAUGAAUAUGCACCUGGGUUUAGCUCAUCCGUCAUUAGCUACGAUAUGCUGACUCCUCCCGAUCUCGAAAGGGAAAUUGGUCUAACAGGUGGAAACAUCUUUCACGGUGCCAUGGGAUUAGACUCUCUCUUCUUGAUGCGGCCGGUGAAAGGAUGGUCGAACUACAAAAGCCCUUUGAAAGGACUCUACUUGUGCGGAAGCGGAGCUCACCCUGGAGGCGGAGUUAUGGGCGCACCAGGAAGAAACGCAGCUCUUGUUGUUCUUCAAGACUUGAAAUGAAUCUAGAGACGUCAAUGUUAACUGUAUCUGUUUAGGAGGACUCUUUGACUUCAACUUAAAACUUCUGUUGCCUUUAGAUACUUCGCUGUCUCUCUUGGUCAGGACAGAUGUGUUACUAUCCAAUAAGAAGCCUCCACGUGUA